CGAUGGCGGCGGCCCCACGCGCGUGCAGGGGACACGGGCGGCCGCUCCCGGUACUGCUGCUGCUGCUGCUGCUGGCGCUGUCGCCUUUGGGGGGCCCGCCCGGCGCCGCCGCCUACUUCCCCGAGGAGCGCUGGAGCCCUGAGUCGCCGCUGCAGGCGCCGCGAGUGCUGAUCGCGCUGCUCGCGCGCAACGCGGCCCACGCGCUGCCUGCCACCCUGGGCGCGCUCGAGCGGCUGCGGCACCCGCGGGAGCGCACGGCGCUGUGGGUGGCCACAGACCACAAUGCAGACAACACGUCGGCAGUGCUUCGGGAGUGGCUGGUGGCUGUGAAGGGAUUGUACCACUCUGUGGAGUGGCGGCCAUCGGAGGAGCCCAGGUCGUACCCAGAUGAGGAGGGCCCCAAACACUGGUCUGACUCACGCUACGAGCAUGUCAUGAAGUUACGCCAGGCGGCUCUGAAAUCAGCCCGGGAUAUGUGGGCUGAUUACAUCCUGUUUGUAGAUGCCGACAACCUGAUCCUCAACCCUGACACACUGACCCUGCUCAUCGCAGAGAACAAGACGGUGGUGGCCCCCAUGUUGGAUUCCCGGGCUGCGUACUCCAACUUCUGGUGUGGGAUGACAUCCCAGGGCUACUACAAGCGCACGCCUGCCUACAUCCCCAUCCGCAAGCGGGAGCGCCGGGGCUGCUUUGCAGUCCCCAUGGUGCACUCGACCUUCCUGAUCGACCUGCGGAAGGCGGCAUCCAGGAACUUGGCCUUCUACCCUCCGCACCCUGACUACACCUGGUCCUUUGAUGACAUCAUUGUUUUUGCCUUCUCCUGCAAGCAGGCAGAGGUCCAGAUGUAUGUCUGCAACAAGGAAGUGUACGGCUUUCUGCCGGUGCCAUUGCGGUCACACAGCACCCUCCAGGACGAGGCCGAGAGCUUCAUGCACGUGCAGCUGGAGGUCAUGGUGAAGCACCCACCCUCGGAGCCCUCGCGGUUCAUCUCAGUGCCCACCAAGACGCCAGACAAGAUGGGCUUUGACGAGGUCUUCAUGAUCAACCUGAAGCGGCGGCAGGACCGGCGGGAACGCAUGCUGCGGGCCCUGGAAGAGCAGGAGAUAGCGUGCCGGCUGGUGGAGGCUGUGGACGGCAAAGCCAUGAACACCAGCCAGGUGGAGGCUCUGGGCAUCCAGAUGCUGCCGGGCUACCGGGACCCCUACCAUGGGCGGCCCCUCACCAAGGGCGAACUGGGCUGCUUCCUCAGCCACUAUAACAUCUGGAAGGAGGUUGUGGACCGCGGGCUGCAGAAAUCACUCGUGUUUGAGGAUGACCUACGCUUCGAGAUCUUCUUCAAGAGGCGACUGAUGAACCUUAUGCGGGAUGUGGAGCGGGAGGGUCUGGACUGGGACCUCAUCUACGUGGGCCGGAAGCGGAUGCAGGUGGAGCACCCUGAGAAGGCUGUGCCCCGCGUGAGGAACCUGGUGGAGGCCGACUACUCGUACUGGACCCUGGCCUACGUGAUCUCCCUGCAAGGCGCCCGCAAGCUGCUGGCUGCCCGGCCGCUCUCCAAAAUGCUGCCGGUGGACGAGUUCUUGCCAGUCAUGUUCGACAAGCACCCAGUGUCUGAAUACAAGGCCCACUUCUCCCCUCGGGACCUGCGCGCCUUCUCCGUGGAGCCCCUGCUCAUCUACCCCACGCACUACACAGGGGACGACGGGUACGUGAGCGACACAGAGACCUCAGUCGUGUGGAACAACGAGCACGUCAAGACCGACUGGGACCGCGCCAAGUCUCAGAAGAUGCGGGAACAGCAGGCCCUGAGCCGCGAGGCCAAGAACUCUGACGUGCUCCAGUCCCCGCUGGACAGUGCCGCCCGGGAUGAGCUCUGAGAGCUCUGAGGGGCGGUGGCCGUGGAGCCAAAGCAGCGGUCGCUGGCCUGGCCCCCACACGCCCACUGGGGACGGCGGGGCCCCUGUGGCCCCUGGCAGGCCCCGGAGGGCUCCCCGCACAGGGCAGCGUCCAGCCGGCUCUUGCUCAGCAAUCACGUGCACGCAGGCAGCAUUAAUGGAGUGCCUACUGUAUGCCAGGCGGACUGGGUGGGAACUGUUCAUCUCUGGGUGCACCCAACACUUGGAUUGGUCACAGGGUGCCAGGUUCCCUUGCUCUGGCAGUGAAUGAGGUUUGAUUACCCCCUCCAUCAGUGAUGGAGUCAGUCAUCAAGCGUUAUCGAUCCCCCGUCAAGAAUCAGGCCCUAGUGAUACACAUUCACUGUUUCAAUUCAUGCGAGUAUUUAUUGAGUGCCUACUGUAUGCAAGGCACCAUCCCAGGCUCUGGGACAAGUGAGGCAGACUUUCACUUAUUUGAACACAUACUGAACACCGACUCUGUGCCCGGUACUUGUGACACAAAAGUUCUUACUGACUCGGUGCAUUUAUGGAGUGCCUGCUGUGUGCCGGGAGCUGAGCGUGGUGCUAGGGCUGAAGAUCAUCAAGGUGCUUUUCACUCUAAUUGGUUUCUUCACACAUCCAGAGAGCAUCUCCUGCAGUAGUGAUGCAGAAGGCAGGAUGACAGCUGUUCAGUCACCAUUCGAUCCCCCACAGGGAUAGAUGAGUCCUUCCAUUUCUUCAUGCAGCAAGCACUUAUUGAGUGCCUGCUGUGUGCCUGACCUCGCGGGCUCCCGGUGGGGCUGGGUUUGAUUCCUCUGGUGCACCACCCCCGUCACCUGGAAUGUGUGUACAUAACAUCCCCCCCGCCACUGCCCAGGUGCAGGGGUGACCCUUCCUCAACAGGGAGAGCCACGCGUUUCAGUGACCCCAUGUCCUCUUGCAACGCUCCCCUAGACCCAGCCCCCCUGGAGGGGGCGAGGGCGCCCCUGUCCUCGGUUGCUUGGCUGCCCUGCCCUGCAUCUCAGGUGUGGUCUACCUGCUUGAUGGCAUUCUUUUGUCCAAGCCUCUGGUGGGAUCAUGUGUUUGGGGCCUCGGACGGGCUCCGCUGCACUGGGGCGCUCUCCAUGGCCUGGGCAGGAUGUCCCCCAGCACAGCCUGGAGGACUCACCGUGCCUUCAAGCCUGAGACGAAUGUCAGAACCGGCCAGCAGUGCCUCGUCCUCUGAGGGGUAACUAACUGCUGUCCCGGUCAGGUCCUGGAUAACUUGCUUAUUUUUUUAUUAAAUGUUCCUGGUUGGGUUUUCACAUA